GAAUCUGUUCGGAAAGGCAGAGAAGUUUCUCCGUGUUACGUGGGGACAACAAUGGACACCCAGAAGGACGUUCAACCCCCAAAGCAGCAGCCAAUGAUAUAUAUCUGUGGAGAAUGUCACACAGAAAAUGAAAUAAAAUCAAGGGAUCCAAUCCGUUGCAGAGAAUGUGGAUACAGAAUAAUGUACAAGAAAAGGACUAAAAGACUGGUGGUUUUUGAUGCUCGAUGAAACUAAAAUUCAGAGGAAUGUCUUCAUUUGGAUUUUGAUUUGCUAUUAAUGUUGUCGUAUAGCUUUUGAUUAGUGUACUUUAUGAAUACAACUAUAUACACAUGAUUUCAUUUUAAAAACCGUAUUGUAUUUAGGUAUCUAUUAAUAGCUUAUAUAAAGAUAUUUUUGUUCAGUUACAUGGUUUGUAAUUUAAUUUUAUCGUAUAUGUAAUCUGACACACAAUGAAGGUUAAAAGUGGUUCCCCAAACUACACUUUAAUCAAAACCUAGAAUCAUCUGGGGCCCUUGUUAAAAAUGAAGUUUGCUAGGGCCCUCUAAAGGUCUGAUUAAGUAAGUUCCUAGGAAACCACUGUUUUACAUCACCAAUUGUUUGUAAACUCUCCAGCCUCAUUUUGUAUAGAGUAUACCAAUGCACUUACUGUCAGUGUGCAUACCUCAUUUUGAGUUAUAAUUUUCAUUUGUUAACUUGGCAUAGGCCUUUCUGUAUUUGUAUAUAAUGCUUGACUUUUUUACAUCUUCGGCAAGGGAAAAGAAACUUUAAUGGUUGCUUUCUCUAAGGCAAAAUCAACCCCAAGUAAAGUGGAUGAAGCAGACUAUUAAGGCAGGUGCAGUUU